AUGACACUCGUUUCUAAAGAUACCUUUAUGAAAAUUGAGGAAAUGAAGACGAUCUGCCAGAAGUCGAAGGAUAAUCUCGAGCACGAGCUCGGAGUUGAAUGCAUCUACCAGGACUGUUGGACAAGACUCCAAAUGAAAGGGGCAGCAGACAAUGAAUUUAAGAACGCAGAAAUCGAAGAAACGGAAGUUGAGAUUAAGGAGGCCAAUAGGAAGAUGGGGGAGGGGGGCGUGAUCUCACGACUUCAAAUUGUACAACAGAAGAAAACUUCACCGAGUAGACCACAAGCACAAACCAAGUCGCGAUUACCAGAUAUUCUCCAUGCCAUCGAGAAAACCCAAAUCCUCUUGAAUGCUGCCCAAAUCUCCUAA